AUGCCACUUGGCACAGUUGUUGUACUAUCCCCAAGGAUCAUUUUAAGAGGUGGAGCCCAGGUGGACCCCCCUGCAGAGCGGCGGACCACUUCUUUGGAUGCUCAACGUGAUUUUACUCUGGUUGGUGACGUAGCUAUGCGUCAAACGGGAAUUGCCUACCUCCCAGAAGCAAAAUACCGUUUUGGUACAACAUUGGUUGUCUCGUCCAGCAAAAGUGCAGCUCUGUACAACAGAAAACAGAGAAGUAAAGGCUCUUCUAACUUUAUAGAUGAGUCUCUUCAUUGGAAAGAAGCUGUUAUUGGAUGCAAACAUUAUGGAGCUCCAAGGAGCCAUGAGCAUGUACCAGGAACAAAAGAGCGUGCCAACCAGAGCACAUUUAAGACACAUUGCAAAGCAAAGUUCAAUGUCAAUUAUUCAGUUAAAGAUCAAUGCUUUGAAAUAACAAAACUUGAGGAGCAGCACUCGAAUCAUCCUAUAAAUGACAAAUUUACUUCCCUCUACCCUGAGUUUCGGAAGAUUCCGAAGGAAGCGGUAGAAGCUGCAGAGGAUCUGCUAGAAAAUGAUGUGAAAGCACAUCACAUACGAAGCAAGGUUUGCUCUUACGGUGUUCUUGCAACAAGGCAGGACAUUCAAAACUUAAGGAACCGAUGGAAAAAAAAGAAGAUGGGCGGUAAAACUCCAGAGGCAGCUGUAUUUGAUCAGCUGGAACAAAUGUUGGAAGAAGAUCCUGGGAGUGUUGCCGUCAUUAAUCAUGAUGCAGACAGUGGUGUAAUCAACAGCAUCUUCUUUCAAACCUCGUCCAUGAAGAAAGCUUAUAGUGAUUAUCCUGAGGUUCUAAUUAUGGACACCACAUACAAACUCUGUGACAAUGAUAUGCCCCUCAUUGUUUUCCAAACCAUUGACUGUUAUGGAUCCUCGAGAAAUGCGGGUUACGCAAUCAUUAGCUCAGAAAAGAAAGAAAUUGUUUCGCAUGCUCUGAGUCUUAUUUGCAGAAGCAACAAUGAUGCUUUUCAGAGGCUCGGCAUUGUUGUUGUUGAUAAAGAUCAAAGUGAAAUUGCUGCCAUCAAAGAAAUUGCACCACAUGCUGAGAUCCAUCUGUGCGACUAUCAUUCUAAAGUGUCAAUGGAGAAAGGUGGAAAGAAGCACCAUGGAUCCAACUACAUGGAAGACGUCCAUCCAAUUGUGCUCUCCUUGAUUCAUGCUCACAGUAAGGAAGAGUUUGAUGAAGCUUACGGUGUUUUGAAAACUGUUGCAAAUCCUGCCUUUAUGGACUAUUAUCAUAAAUAUUGGCACAAUAGUGGUCUUGUUUGGAGUGACUACCAGCGCAACUUAUCACUCAACUUGAAGGCGCGCACCACAGGCAGAGUGGAAAGUCAAAAUGCUAAAAUUAAGAUUCUUGUCAGCAAAGCGUACCCUGUAGCUGAAGUGAUUUUCAGGCUAAGAAUGCUUAACAAGUUUAAAGACUUGGACAAUGAUUACAAGGACUUCACCAAUUCAGUGAAAGUAAAAUACCAUAAGUACUCCAAUGAUGCCAUCCUUCAGCAAAUAAUCAAGUUGAACACACCUUUUGUUGCCGCAGAACUCCAAAGAAACUAUGAACGGAGCAAGCAUCCUCCAUCGAGCAACCUUCAUACUGUUUCUCUAAGUACUUGUGAUUGCAAAUAUUACAGCAAUACAAAGCUACCUUGCUCCCACAUUUUCCGGCAAAGAAAGCUUGAAGAUGUUGAGGUAUAUGAUCAUGACUUGAUUCCUCCGAGGUGGAAAGCUAAUGAGGACUGCUUUGCACCUGAACUGGAGGAUGAAGAAAAUGACUUAAGAUCAAGUAUCAAUUUCAUGGCAACCAGUUCUGUCAAAGUCCCGAAAAGGAAGAAAACACUCACAUCGGAGCAAAAAUACACAGAGUGCAUGAAAAUAUGUACAGAAAUAUGUUCCAAAGUUGCAAACUCUGGUGGACAACAAUAUGAAUAUAAUUUGAAUGCACUUAUGUGCAUUUCAAAAUAUUUCAGUGAGGGGAAGAAAGUUGCUGUUGUCACCAUUGAUGCCAAUAACAAAUCACAAGGAAUCGUGUAUCCAUUGGAAAAGAAGGACACGUCAGAAGUGCCGGUAAUAAAUAUAGUUGACAGUGAUACUGAGGACUUGCAAGAAUUUUCUUCUCCUGUAGUUAAACCCGAACCACCUGAUGUGACUCCAAGCAAUAAUGAUAAAGGGGAUGUCAUUCCUUGUCACAGGAGGACUACUACAGAAGUUUUUGAGAAAAUGGUCCCUGGGGCAAAAUUGUCCCUCAAACUGCCAGUCAAAGCGCCGAAGAGGGGACGUCCCAGAAAUAACAAGAGGCAUCCGAUGUUCAAUCCCAAAUCAAAGAGAAAGCAGGGUCAGGGAUCUGACGCAGGAGAAGAUGAUGCUGAUGAAGUCGGACUUUCACCUAAAGUAUGCAGUUCUUGCCAGCAAGUAGCUUCAAUUCGUACAUCCUUUAGCAAGAUGAAUAGAGGCAGGAAAAUGUACCAUUGCAAAAAUCCUAAAGGUUAUGGCUGUCGAAAAUUCUUCGAAUGGCUUCCAGGCACAAACACUUUGGACACAAUUCUUGAAGACAAUGAAGAAAACAACGAAACUGGUGAUGACACAGUGCUUGUUGAGGAAAUUGCAGACACCUUGGACGCUAGUUCUGAAGAAGUUGAAAAAGACCAGGAAAGUGGUGAUGACAUAGUGCUUGUUGAGGAAACAGCGGACACUAUGGACACAAUUUCUGGAGUAGAUAAAGAAAGCAAGGAAAGAGGUGAUCAUGCACUGCUUGAGGAAACUGAAAGGGAUGACAAUUGUGAUAUUUCCUUGGAAUCUAAUGACACGGCAGGACAUACCCCAACAGGGGGCGAGAUAACUACCAGUAUUAUGGAUUUAGAUAGGGAUAAUGACAUUGACACUCUUCUUGAAACGGACCUUCUUCUUGACUCUUCUCUGAAUGACUCUGAUUGUAGUAUCAAUCCAUCUCAAGGUAUAGGUCUCACUCAUAUGUUAUUAUUGUGGAAUUUGGGGUGCAGGUAACAUCCAUCCUCCUGCUGGGGCUACAAAUGAAGCAGGCAUUCCUUUUAUGUAGAUCUCCGUGGUGGUGCAGUUGCUCCCUCUAAUGCUUUAGCAGGGUCACUUUGUUUAUCUUGUAGGCAUGGGCACUGGAGAUUCAAGUCAGUUUUAUGUGUUUUCAGGUUCAUGUUCAAUUUGUCUAUUGGU